AUGAAAAGACUGCGGCUGUUUCGAAAUGGAACGUAUGUAGAUCAAGGACAAGUGUGCCAUUACAGUGAUCCAGACGUAGCCAACUGCAUAAAGCGCCUGGCUGAACAAGCCAAGACUGUACUAGCUCAUGGAAUUCCUUCACUCAACAUCCUACCUUUGGAGCCUCUCAAAAUACCCAACAUCAGAUUAAGACAACACAAAGCUCCAAAAUCUGGUUUCAAAUACGAUGCUUGGUUCUCAGAUGUCGAGCUGAGAGGACUCACCAAUUACUCUUUUAAUAAGCUGGAUGUUUACCCCGAAGAACUAAAAGUUACUACUAACAUAAGCUUACCACAUUUGGCGAUGGGUGGUGAGUACGUUGUGAUUGGAGAGUUCCAGAUGCUACCAGUAGAAUCAACCGGAAAAAUGGCCGCAAAUUUCACUCAGUGUACAGCUGCUUUGGUUGCUGUCGGUGCUAAAGUACAUAAAAGAAUUGUUGUACGCGAUGCGAAUGUAAACUUGAAAUGUUCCGGACCUAUGAGUGCGGAUCUGAUGGAAGCCCACUCAACAACCAAUGAAAUGGAAAUGAUAACAAACCAUCUUGUGAGUAUGCACUCGUCUGAGAUAGCCAAGGAAAUACAACCUGCUGUUGAAACGGCCUUAGCGAUGGUUUUGGAAGACCUCGCAAAUAAAUUUCUUAAGAGAGUCCCGUCUAAUAUGGUUUUUCCAAAUUAA